CAGGAUAUUUACGUCACCGUCCCAAUCCGCUUUCUUAUUUUUUCACCUCUCUUCCCCCACUGUACAGUGAUCUGACCUGCUGUGCGCUUUAGAUGAGAGAUUAGUGACCGAGUGAUUGCGUUUCGACGCAGUAAAAAAGCGUUACACACGUCAAAACGCAACAAUAACAAAACUAACAACAACAAACAAAAACGUCCUAUGUUAACUUCUACAGCGAAGGGAACAUCACGUGACGCGAUGACCGUCGCAGGAUUUACGCGUCACAUCAGUCACAUGAUCGCGGUCGCAGCUCCGGAAGUCUGAAUUUUUUCAGAGUCAUGGCCGACAGGAAGUCACAGGUGGUGGUGGAAGGCGAGGCGUCCGAGUCGGACUCGGAUCAGGAACUCUACACGUCGUCUGGACUCACGGUUCCGGGUGAAGCCUCGGAGACGGAAAGCGAGGACGAGGAAGUAAAACCCACCGCCUUCCUGCACCAUCUGCCCCCUCUGAGUGUCGAUCGUCAUGACGACGCGUCCGUCACUCGGCAGAGCCCGACCUCGCCCGUGCAUACGUCUGCGUCUGCACCCGGCAGUCACGUUAACUCGCUGCUUCAGCAGAAACUGCAGGAGAGUAACGCACGUCUGUGUGCCGACGUGAGUCAGAGCGUCCGGCAGGUUUAUCACGCAGCCACCAGAGACGUCAAAGCGGCCACGUCUCACCUGAGCCACUCCCAGAGCGUCAUCAUCGCCGCCUCGCACGCUGUCCGUGUCGCCAUGGACGACCUCCGAGCCGUGUGCGACAAAAUCGACAUUAUCACCAGCUGCCGCUUGCUGCCCGACAUCGCCAUGACAACGCCCUCAGCGUCCACGGUGACCUCCGCCGAUCCUCUUUAAACACGAAUCCUGCUGCCAUGUGGACAUGUGUUCCAUUCCCUUUCAGGAACUGCUGUAAACGUAAGGAUUCGAAAUCUGUUAAAAAACCUGCAGCCAUGAGGUUCUGAGGUCAUAUUCCAGGACUGAGCUUUAGUAACCAGGAGGUUUUUGGUUUUAAUCCGUGUUCUGAUACCCAGACUUCCCAGGAGUGGCAGAGAGCAUUCACCAUCCAGGUUAUGGGUUUAAACCUCGUUAUUUACAGAUGAUUAACACUAAACUUUAAAGGCAUCUUUUAGGCCAUGAGUUUGAAUCCCAAAGGAUGUGUCCUGGCAUAGACAAAUUCCUAGUUCAGUUACAGAAGGUUGUGGGUUUCAGACCUCAGCACUGAUGAACAUUUUUGAGAUUUAAUCUCAACAUUCUGCUUAGUUUAACCAGCAUGUGUUCAUUUUAAUGGAAUAAAAUUGCUUUAUAAAUCA